UAUCUAAUGAAAACACCCCUGCUGAACAACAUACAUACCCAUCAGAUCAUCCUUUCCUCUCAUUUUCUUGUUAGCGUAUCUCACAAGACUAGCGAUUCGAAUGCGAUGUAACUUUACUUUCACAACCUUUGGAGUAAAAAAAAUGAAGUAACCUAGUGUUUUGAUGUUCCAUUCCACGUCUGGCUUGAAUUAAUCACCUCGUACAGCGAGUUAGCUAGCUAAAGCUCUGAUGCACUCUGAAUGUUUAGUUGCCAUACAGUUGAAGUUAUUGUCCCAACAACAGCAGUAGCUAGCUACAACGACCACCAUCAAGAGAUAGCUGUGGUUCAGUGGUGAAUCAUCAGGUGGAAGAAGACUUGAGAGAGAGAGUCCUAUGCUGGACCUUUGGCUACCUACCAAAGCAGCAUCUGUUCACUUCCACAGACAGACAGAGGGAUAAAAAUGCCUCUUGGAUUGGGUAGAAGGAAGAAAGCAUCUCCACUAGUGGAGAACGAGGAAGCUGAGCCGAUCCGAGCGGGUCUUAAUGUCCCAGGAAUGGACGGCCUGGAUGGAGGUGGUGUGGGGCUCGGGGAGGGUACUACCCAGGAGGGUCUGCCACCCCCACCCACCAGCCUGAGACCUCGUCUGAUCUUCCACACCCAGCUUGCACACGGUAGCCCCACGGGACGCAUCGAGGGCUUCAGCAACGUGCGAGAGCUCUACACCAAGAUCGGAGAGGCCUUUGGGAUCGCACCACCAGAGGUGAUGUUCUGCACUCUGAACACUCACAAGGUGGACAUGGACAAGUUACUGGGGGGUCAGAUUGGGCUGGAGGACUUUAUUUUUGCCCAUAUCAAAGGCCAGAGGAAGGAGGUGGAAGUGUUCAAGGGGGAGGACGCCCUGGGGUUGACCAUCACUGAUAAUGGAGCUGGCUACGCCUUCAUCAAGAGAAUAAGGGAGGGUAGCGUGGUCCAUCAGAUCCAGGUCAUCAACGUGGGAGACAUGAUUGAGUCCAUCAACGGCCACAGUCUCAUUGGCUGUCGACACUACGAGGUGGCCAAGAUGCUCAAGGAGCUGCCCAAGGGGAAGGACUUUGUUCUCAAGAUGGUGGAGCCCUUGAAAGCUUUCGACAUGAUCAGCCAGAGGUCAGGAGGGGCCCGGGCUGGCUCAGGAACCCAGCUGGGGACAGGGAAGGGCACCCUGCGUUUACGCUCCAAAGGCCCAGCCACAGUGGAGGAGCUGCCCUCUGCAUUUGAGGAGAAAGCCAUAGAGAAAGUGGAUGACCUCCUGGAGAGUUACAUGGGCAUCAGAGACAGUGAGCUGGCUGCUACAAUGGUGGAGCUGGGGAAGGACAAAAAGAACCCAGAUGAGUUUGCCGAGGCGUUGGACGAGACCCUUGGUGACUUCGCCUUCCCGGAUGAAUUUGUUUUUGACGUCUGGGGUGCCAUCGGGGACGCCAAGGUCGGCCGGCUGUAACCGGAGGGAGCAGGGGACCAACCUGUGUGUGGUUUUGAAUGCUGAGGCACCAACCUGCAACAAACAGAACUACUAGGAAACACCACACUACCAUCAUGUGAUUUACUUAUUGUUUUCUGUGUACUUAUUAUUUUUUACGUGGAGUUUACUACUCUUGUUGGGAUACUUUUGGGGGAGACUCUUUGGGAGGAUAGAGACAGUGUAUGGGAGAGGAUAGAGGACUCUGAUCACUAGCUCUGAUCACUCGAUCAGGCUGAAAAUACUCUCAUCAGACUCAGACUAUUGAAUGCAAUACGUGGAGGUUAUUGUGUUCAAACGGCAAGUGCUUUUCAAUGUUCUUCCAGGUCUCGUGGUUGUGGACACACCUCCUGACCUUGAACACGUCACAUGUUAACGCCCAGGUCUUUGUUCCACUAGUCCUCUGAGGAACAAUCCCGAGAACAACAAGUGGGAGAAGUGAGGGACCACGGCUUACAUGUACCUACCCUUUUGAAGUUUUGAGUUCAAACAAACUGUGAUUUUCCUCCCCCCACUUUGCACUGUCUUGCACUGCGCUGUAGAAAAUAUAAGAAAAGUGCAUUGUACUUCACUGGAGCAGUCACUCACUACAUAGCACUGGUGCAUAGAACUGGACUACAGUAUUUGUGUUCUGUGCGGUGUUGUUCAGAGAGAGGCGUAUUGAGAUGCUCAGGCCCAGAAUGUCCUGGUCAAAUCGCAUGGUCAGAAAAAACAUCUUAUUAGCCCAUGCUAUUAUUGUUUGUCUCCUCGUUGUGAGUUCUUUUGGUUUAUGUGCUGUUGAGUGUCACUAUUGAAGGAGGGUUUUGGCUGCUGAAGGUUCACAAUGCGUAGACUGUCACUACAAAAUUAGCUGCAGCUUUUUCUAUGGUUCAAACUACAAUCAUUAUCAGUUUUUCUGAAGUGAAUAAGGUAUAGAAACAAGCUGCACUUGACCUGUAGCACAUCUCAGUCUGUUAACAAAGAUAGUCUGGUUAAUACUUAAAUGGUCCCCUUUGCCAGGGAAACUCCAGUAUUAAGAAAAACAGUGUUAUAUUACAGUAUUUUAAGAAUUUGAAGUACAUGUUUAAAAAAAAAAAAUGUUUAAAAAAGCUAUUGACUUAUUGGUAGACUGAGCCUUUAAUUUUUUAAGAAAUGUUUUUGCAGGAUUUUUUUAAAGGAGUGGUGUUUUAAAUGAAAAGGAGUUGUGUAACUGAUGAGGAAUUUCCUUUGUUUUAAUUGAGUUGGUGGUAAAAAAUGAAAACUGAUAUCCAUGCCAAAAGCAUUGGCAUUUCCAAUAGACUGCAUUUUUUAGGGACCAGACAGUCUCAAUAUGAAGGAGCCAAAUAGUUAUGCGCAUAAGUCAUGGAGCGUAAUGAAAGUAAUGAAAGGAAAAUGCACCAUUAUGCAAUUCUGCAAUGAAAUGAAGGACCAAGUCCAACACUGUUACUUUAGGAAAGACCCUGGACACUACCAUAGGAACAGAAUGAUGUCAUUAUCAAACCAAACUACUUUCUGCAAAGUCAUCUGGCUUUUAGUGACUUCUUUAUAGAUGAAUAAAAAAACAUGCAAUAUGGGUCAAAGUUCCAAGAUAUAGAAAAUAAUUACUCAACAUAGAAAAUAUUUCUUUUCAUAACUUUUCCAGGUUUUAUCUUUUCCAUAGUCUAUCUCUGAAUGAACAACAUAUUUUUGUAGUAAAUUGUUUGGUUGUUUUUCUGUACAUCAAUGCUGUUGAAGUAUAUCUAGAUGGUUACUAUCAUAAAAUACUGAUAAUAGGCACUGUAAUACUGAGGACAUUGUUUUGGUAUGGCUUUCUAUUACAAUGUCUGAUUUAUAAUGGCAAUAAUAAUGACGAAAUUAUGAAAUCAGAUGUUUUCCAUGUCUUUCCCUCAGUUGAAUACACAAAUGUUGCCUUGGACUCUUCAACAGGAAAUAUUUCCCUAGAUGUAAUUCAUAUUACUAUAUUAUGUCAGAUUGUUUAGCAGAAAAAAGUGCCAAAUCUUUUUUUAAAUUUUUUAAAAUAAUUUUCCUGAGUGGGGCAAGAAAAUGAAUUAGCGUCAGGUCGUAGUCAAGCUGAUAUUUUGCACAGGCUGGCUGAGUUGGUGUUCACCUGCGAAUGGAAACAUGUUCUUCUUAGAGAGACAAACACAUCACCCCCUGGAGUGCUGUGUGUUUAUAGGUGUGUAAUCAGGUCCUGUUCUCACCUCAAAAAAUACAUGCAUCUAAUCAC